AUGUCCUAAAAAGAUAUAUUUGAAUUGCUGCUUCCUACUUUGGUAUUUGCAUCAGAACUCUUACCAUCUUAGAUGAUUUCUUAGGUGCUAUUGGUUCAAGUAUUUAUGAAUUUUAUAUAUAGUAAUUGGAACUGGCAUAGUUUUAUUUGUUACCAACAAUUUAUGGUUAUUUUCGAAACUCUUAAAAAAGAAAAGAAAGAAGGUACUUUUAAAUUGUUUUGAUGAUGUACAAUAUAUUAUGA